UAUGGCGGCUACUACUGAUGAAUUUGUUUUCUCUUUUAUACCUUCAUUCCGUUUGUCAAAAUUUUAUGAGCCAUUAUAUUUACUUUUUGAAACUCGAAACGGUCCUUUACCAUUCAGAGAUUGGAAAUAUAGAAUAUAUUAUCUGAUCACGUGACCGAAGUACGCAUGCUCGGGUUUUUGACCUGAUACAGCUGAUGAUCUGGAGGCUAAUACCACGUGGUUACGAUGGGAAGAAGGAAAAGAGGAAAGAAACGAUUGCGGAAGAAUGAAGAUGAAGACAGUAAUGAUAAUGCUAUUGAAGUCAUUCCUUGUGAAGUAUGUGGCAAACAGUUGCGUCCCAGCAGCAUAUAUGCACACAUGCGUUUUAUCCAUUCUGAUGAAAAUAUCAAGAAAUCUAAAUUAGAAAAACAUGAUGAUAUUCAGAAAAGCAAAAGGUCUAAGGUUUCUAAGAACAAUAUUAUAAAACCUAAUUCUGGAGAUUUAAAUCAUUUAUCUGAAGAGGUAAAGAAAGAUGUACCUGAACUUAUUCCUUGUGAAGUCUGUGGCAAACAGUUGCGUCCCAACAGCAUAUAUGCACAUAUGCGUUUUAUUCACUCCAAUCAAGAUACCGAAUUUUCUGACUUGAAAACAUUAGAAAAUAAUAAACAAUAUGAUGCUGAUUUUCCAAAUAAAACACAACGCAAUGGUGAUAGGAAAAGUAAAUGCAGAGCUAAAGCUUUUCUAAAAGUGUUUCUCAAGGAUAAUGAUGUAUCACACACUGAUAAGAAAUUAAUUAAAUCUAAAGAUAAAGACUUUGUUAUAGAAGAUGACAAAUUAUCUUCGGAUUCUGAUUUGGGAAGUGAAGAAAUUGAAUCAGAUGAUGAUCACUAUUUGAAGACUGAUACAGUUGAAGGCAAUAUGUUUAUUCUGGAAAAUAAAAAAUUGAGUAGGACUGAAAAACUUUUAAAGCAAUGGGUUGGAAAAUAUAAAAUAUUAGAACAUGAAUUAAAACCAGUGACCAAAGAAAUGAUGCAUGAUUGGAGGCAAGAAUUAGAAACUUCAGGUGGUGUUAUGUGUAAAAAUAAGGAUUUUGCAAUUUGUGGCAGAGUCAAAGAAAAGAUAAUCCUAUAA